CCGACAACCGCUGCACCGACAACCGCUGCACCGACAACCGCUGCACCGACAACCGAUGCACCGACAACCGAUGCACCGACAACCGAUGCACCGACAACCGAUGUACCGACAACCGCUCCGCCGACAACCAUGGCUUCUACGACAGCGCAGCCGACCACAGAAGACCCGACGACUCUAUCGAUCACAACUGAGCCAGAGGAAAUAAUUUACACAAAAAUAUACUGUCCGUUGAAUGCUAUGAACAUGAGUGAUAUGAACGCUAGUAACUCCUCCAGUAACAGCACUUCCCCUGUCAGAAUAAGUUGCACGUUAGAACCCUUCAGCCAGGUCGCUUUGCCACUACAAGACGGCCUCGGUGUAACCGAUGAUGGUAUUGUAGAUGAUGCAGUAAAGAUGGAAGGAGUCGUUGGUGAUUCUGGAAGCUAUUUGAGUUUGCCGUUCAAUGGAGAGUGCGCUCUUGAACCUUACAUGUGCGAGUCUGGCCUGACUGUCGGUCUGUUUUUGAAACUAUCCGAUGAAGAUUUGGAACAGAAUGGACCAAAAUACAUAAUCAGCUCAGGUUACGGGAAUGCUACUGGAUUCGAUAUAUAUCGUAAUUCAACGAGUGUUGUAAUGCAGGUGAGAGACGGGAACUACUUGUGGACAGCAACAGUCAACAGUGCGCUUGACAAUAGCGGAUGGAUACAUGUUGCGUUUGUAUGGAGCGAAGAAGAAGGCAUCACGGUUAACGGUGACGAUUGUCGUGGGGUCUUAUGUCGAAACGGGAGAUGCAAGGACAAUGGAAUACAGAGCUUCGUGUGUUUGUGUGAUACCGGGUACAUUGGAACUUACUGUGAAGAAAAUGAAGACGAUUGUGCAGUAAACCCUUGUAUAAAUGACGGUACGUGCAGAGAUGGUGUUGGCGAAUACAUAUGCGCGUGUGUAUUCGGUUUCAGUGGAGAUACUUGUGAAAUAGACUUGACUCCGACUUUCAACUACAGUAACACUGCUGUUGUUAUGCCAGAAGAUCUAUUGAAUUUGAAUGAUGACGUUUUGCAGAAUCCAGCUUACGAAGUUGCUCAUAGGUUCGAAACUAUGUCAAGUACUUCGGGGAACGACAUUACGGUCUUCGUCGACGCCAUUGGCAGAGGUGGCGAAGGUACAUACACGCGAAUGACAGCAGAAACUUCCUGGAUGAACGCGCUAACCGGAGGCGACGGAGAGUGCCUCAGCCGACCUGAUCUAUGCACUAACGGGUUUGCAGUAUCGUUCUGGAUCAUGGUAGAAACCUCCGUAGACUUAGCAUCACCGGCGAUCAUCUUCAACGCCGGAGCGAACAAAGGGAUGGGAGCGUUCACAAUACUGGAACUGACCGAAAAUGCUGGGUUAAUAUUAACAGUUGGAUACAGCGCUGGUACGACGAUAGGCUCAACCGAUAACCAUGCCGUAGAACUCGGGCAUUGGGUUAACAUAGGCCUGACAUGGUCUGAGGACGCAGGGUUAGCAUUGUACAUCAACGCACACAAGAUUAGACUGUCUGUUAGACGGGCUGGUAGACCUGGUAACAGUAACUCGGGCAGGAUGACGUUUGGAACGCUUUUCCAGCCCAAUUUAUACACUGCAUAUCCUGUGGCUAUUAGUGAUUUUGUGGUGUGGGACCGUUAUCUUUAUCCUUUUGAGCGGCACCGCUUCCUCGGUGUCACAGCUACUGAGUGUUCAUAUCUAAGAGACGCCGUUUAUUAUUGGACAACUGAUGCUUACAUAAUACGGGAUUUGUCUUCUUUAUCACUUUAUCCGUCCAACUUGGUAAAUACAUCUCAACUAGUCCUACCUGGAGGCCAGAAUGUGCAACUAUCAGCAGGACGUGAUCUUAAGGGUGAGGCGUCACAUGUAAAUGGGACCGAAAACCUUUGGUUUCUUUUAGGUGAUUUACCUGGUACAUGCAUAAGCGACCCAUUCUUAUGUCCGGAUGGAGUAACCUUAGCGAUCUGGGCGAAGAUUUACCCAGUCCAUGACAACCAAGCCCACUUCAUCGUCAGUACUGGUGAACAGGCCACUAGAGGCAUGUCAUUGUACAUGCGCGCUGGUGUUCUUGGGGCCUCUUUGAUCGAUGGCGAUAGGAAAUGGAUAACAGAGAUUGCUUUCACACCAAAUCCAGACGAUUGGCUUCAUCUUGCAAUAUCUUGGAAGAAAGACUCGGGAAUGGUUUUGUACAAAAAUGGUGCUAUUGUCUCAUACGACGCAAAAGGACUCCGGAAGAUACGUGAAGCUGAUCUGGAUACAAAAAUCAUUCUCGGGCGUAGAAAUGAUUUUCUGGACGCGUACUCUGCCAUGGAAUUCGAAGAAUUGAUAUUCUGGGAGAAAUAUGUCGAAACAUGGGAAGCAAGAGAAGUAUUUGGCUUACCAGGAAGGGCACAAUACGACGACGCAGUGUAUCGAUGGACUGCAAAACAAUUGAUCACAAGCACCCUUGAUAUUCUAAUCGAAAACUCUCUAGGCCAAGACGAAUACAUCGGACCAACGCCUAGCGUUAGGAUGCUGCAGGAUCCAACGGCCGUUGAUCUAACUCAAGAAAAUGCAGCUUUAAAUUUAGGUUCGUUCUCAUCUGGAUGUUUCGUAGCACCACUGAAUUGUGUCGAGGGUCUUAGCAUCUCAUUCUGGCUAAAGUUGUUGCAUGGCUCCGUUGAUGAUCCGGUUGGCUAUUUAUUGAGUGCUGGAAGAGGCGACGACAGUGGGAUAGCAAUUUACAAAGAGGGACACGAUUUGGUAUUUCUCGUUGAAGAUGGAAGUGAUUUAUGGACGACUAAAACGAGUAUUCAGGUUGUUCCUGACGAUGAAUGGUCAAAUGUUGCAUUCACAUGGUCAGCCAAUAACGGAUUAACUGUUUAUAUAGAUGGAAAUCCACAGGCCCCAGCUAACGUCACCAGUGUUCAUAAACCACUAGAAAGUGCCGCCAACGACCAUCUGACAGUUGGACGUCCAAAUGACGCUAAAUCAGCAGAUUAUGGAAACUUCGUUAUACACAAUCUAGUUAUCUGGGACAAGUACAUGUACCCACGCAAGGCUAGUAGUGUGCUCACGACAUUAACUGAUUCUCAGGUGGACUGCAUACACAACGAUAAGAUCUGUUGGCCAUUUGAGUCUCUUCUGAGCUUACGGUAUCCAUAUAGUUUGAGUUCUACCGGUGCCUCGUAUGUAUUUGAUAGAGACUACGGCGGACGUGCAGUGUACACCAAUGGUAGGACUGGUUGGAUCUCGCUCGGCAACUUCAGAAACGCAUGUCCAAAGAAGCUUUCCAGCUGUGAGAAUGGUUUCACGCUGAGCAUGUGGCUACGUUUAGAGGAUAAUCCUCGAAAUACCGGGGUCCUUGUGAGUCUUGGUGCUGAAAUGCAAAAUGAACAAGGAAUUGCGCUGGUGAAGGAUGAACUCGGUCUUGAAGCAACUGUAGCAGAUGGAAGUCUCCUGUGGAGGAGUAGAAUAUACAAUGGUAACUUUACUUACGGCUCGUGGAUGUUUUUUGCAAUGACGUGGUCAGCUGAAGCCGGAGUUUCGUUAUUCAUUGACGGAGCUGACCUCACACAUGGCAUUGAUAAUCGAACGGAAUCUAUUCGCUCUGGUCUGUCUUAUAAUGAAUUAUUCCUAGGACGAGGUGGCAUGAAUGAUAACAAAAUUAAAGCCUAUUUCGAUGACGUAGAACUCGAGUUCCCGAAGGCAACUGAAAAGUUACCAGAUGAAGAUGAAUUAACUGGCAUUGAAGCUGUUGUUGCGUAUGCUUCAGCUGAUGAAUAUUUUGACCUUGCAACCAAUGAAGACGUGAUCUUAACCGAUAGCGUAAUCAUUUCUGACCGUAAUAACGAUGCAAAUAGUGCAGUAAAUACUGGUGUAACAAAUACAUCAGUUGAUCUGGGCUAUAUUGAUGUUGGUCGCUUUCGCAGGUCAUGCGUGAGUGAUCCAUCGAAGUGCACACCCUCUGGAGUUACAAUUUCAGUCUGGGUGAAGAUGAACUCAAUUGAACACUUUCAAGAUAAUAACACUAAUCCCAGUGGAUUAGGGUAUUUCCUCAGCUCCGGUGCUCAAGCUCAAUAUGGACGCGGGUUUGCUCUCACUUUUGAUGGUCAAAAUAUUACGGCCACUAUGCAGCACGCUGAUUACAUGAUUACGUUUAAUACAUUGUUUGAGCCACCUACUGACUGGUUCAAUUUAGCUCUUUCGUGGAGCGUGAACCAGGGCUUACGCAUUUACAUCAAUGGAGUUAUUUCUGGUUCCUCAACGGAACGGAUUACAACACCAGUAAAACAAGACUAUGUCACGAAUUUACAUCUUGGCAAGAGGAACGACGAGGACGCUGACUAUUUGGGCGCGUCGUUUGAUGAUUUUGCCAUUUGGUUUACAACUUUCGAGCCAGACGACCCAGCACUCGCAGACGCUCUGCAGGGAGAAGAAGAAGAAAUUGGAGUCGUCGUAACCGUCAACCAUCCAGAAUUGGAUGCUUUGGCGCCGUUUUCUGGAAAGCCAGAUUGUAAAAUUUUACACGAUGCUGACUGCGCACGCAGCAUUCAUGAGCUAAAUGAUGUUUUGUCAGAUGAAUCGAUUAUCAAUGGAACUGUUCUAAUUAGCGCUCGGAAACGUCUUCGGUACCUCGUUAACCCAAACAAUGAUGUACCCGAGAACGACCUAGAGUACGCCGUCGAAGUAUUCAAGGCAAUUACAACUGCGCCAGUAACUGAGAGGCUGAACAAAACAGAAGCGGAAUCUGACCUGUUGGACUUGGUGCAAAUUACAAGCAACAUGAUGCAACCGAACCGCUCCAACAAUUGGAAAAGUGUUCACGAGGUCUCUCUUGGUACACCUCAACUUGUGGACUCUCUUGACGAGUACGCAAUUCAAAUAUCUCGUAGAUUACGGGAGAGGGCCGGUCAUGAGAAAAUCGUCAUCAGCGCAGAAAAUAUAGUCAUGCAAAUUGAUUCGUUUGACAUGACUGAAAUGUACGAACAAUAUACAUUGCCGGAUUAUAAUCAAUCGAAUUGGGACAGUGCGAAAACGGAAUGGAAUCAACCACAGGACCAAUUUAUUCUACCAAAAAACUUCUUCAAGUUUACGAAGCCAGGCAUAACGUCCUCCCUGGUAGUGACAUUGUACAAUACACUUCCUGACAUGAUUCCCGAAGAAGGAAAUAAGGAUGUGGAGGGAUUAGAAGGAGGAACAGUAAAAGUAAAUAGUCGUAUUGCCUCGCUUACAGCAGACCCCCCUCUACGGAUGGAUCUCUACAACCCCAUGAAGAUCAUCUUGUCACAUAUACAGCGUUUUGAGAAAUCUUCAACAGAAGAAACUGCAUGCGCAUUUUGGAAUCACAGUGCACCGAAUACGACAAAUGGUGCAUGGGACACGCGUGGCUGCGAACUGUUCGAGACCAACGAGACCAUGACAAUAUGUCAUUGUUAUCACAUGACAAGCUUUGCAAUCAUCAUUAAGCCAAUUAUCGAAGAGGAGAAGGACUCGAACGAGGGAAGCCUGAAUUGGAUGACUAGGAUACUGUCAAUCUUUUCAAUUGCCUUUCUUGGUGUGUUCCUCUUCUAUCUUGCGGUUGUUAGGAGGCUGCGAGUUACCCUUCACAAGAUUCAUAUUAACCUUUGUGUGGCUGUUAUUUUCGCAUGUUUUUCGCUGGCUUUGUCUGGGUUCAUCAAAGAAGCGUGGGGUGAUUGUAUGAUAUCCGGAGCCCUCAUUCACUAUUUCAACACUGUCAUCAUCUGCGUUAUGUUCAUUGAGGCUUUCCAUCUAUACUCCGAUCUCUCCGAUAGCCUAGAAAUCCACGAUGACGAUGAUGAUGAGGACGAGCCGCCGUUCCGUGAUCGAGUUAAGUACUAUGUGCUCUUUGUCUGGGGAGCGCCAUUCUUAAAUGUCGGUACUACAAUCGGUUUCUCGUCAGCAGCUUACAUCGAACAAGAAGCUGGCUUUUGUUGGCUUGACGAGACGGACUUCUUAUGGUGCUCUUUUGCUGGGCCGUUAGUUGCAUUUGGACUGAGUACAUUGUACAUGUUAUAUAGCAUGUUAAGAGACAUUGAUGAUCAAGUUUAUAAAGAGGAUAGAACAACAAUAUUUAGAUCAAGUUAUGUUGGGACGUGGAUAUUGCAGAUAUAUUUUCUGAUUGCGUGGGGUAUUGGCUUAGUGGGGAUCUAUGGUCUUGGCGUCUGGGCCAUAUAUUUGUUCGUGUUUACUAUAUCUCUUUUUGGUGUAGUCGUCUUCAUCGUGCAUGCAGUAUUAAAUACAGAGGUGCGAUUAUUAUUAUGCUGGAGGGAUCCAGACAAAGAGCUGACAGCAAUUGAGGAAAUUAAUUUGGUGAGUAGGAUUAAUAGCUUAGGCCUAUGCAUAACUUUUCCAAUAAUGAGAAAAAAAUAUUCUUUCUCUAAAGUAUUUAUUAUACUGUCUUAUCGUUAUCAUUUUCUCUUAUAUCUUUGGGAAGUAUAUAUUUCAUUUGUUGUGUAAUAUUAUUUUCUGGUAAUAUUUGUAAUUCGUAUUUAUUGUAUUUUUGUUUUAUUGUGUAGGUCUAUUAGUGAAUCCAAUAUAUAAAUAUGUAAAUGAGUUGAGUCCUCUCGGGUUAGAAGCAAGUUACCGUACUGUAAGUCGAGCUAGUUCACGCCUCAAGCGCUUUGAAACCGUUUCGAUAUAAUGCGCUAUAUAAAUAGAACUACAUUAUUUUACUUAGUCUUUCCAAACACUCCGAUCAACUAAAUAUAAAAUACAAUUGGCUGCCAUUUGAUGUACUGGGUUUCCAUGAACCUAAUUGAUAAGAACACACCGGUUGAUAUAACAGGUAUUGUCGGUUAUAUUUAAUUGAGAGGGAGAAAGCGGGGUUUUGUUU